AUGGCAAGAUAUUGCCUUGCAUUUGAGUCAAUUAAAUUGUUUUUGGGAUUACAAGGAAAUGAAGAUUUAAAUGAUCUGGUAGGAAUGUCAAUCCGCCUCAUAUCAUUCUGCCAGUGCUUUGAAUUGCCCUCCUGUUGCAAUGCUAUUUUAUAUUAUUUUAUAUUUUAUUGUUGGACAGUGAAGCAAGACAUAGCAAACGGCACGAGUGGAAACGGGACUCGAAGUCCUAUGCGAGGCACUCUACCUUUUUUUACAAAUUAAUGAAAUUACAAAAUUACUCUUACUAUUACUAUUACUAUUACUAUUACUGCAACCAAUGAACAUAUGCCAAUUGCUUGAAGCUCAGACGUUUUUAUGUGGUUAAACAUAGUUAAACUGCGAAGGUCUGCAGGACAAGCUAUUUUACACAUACAGUUCCAAGAACGACUACUGGAAAAUAUUUGUUUUAGGGACCGGUCAUAAAGUAACUGCUAGGGUGGGCCAGAGGAAAAAAGAGGUUUUCAAAAACAAACCCGAUGGCCCAUCGUAGGUCAUUGGAAAAAUUUCACGACCCAUCCUGAAUAUGUACAGUAUAGCAGUCACUUUGAUCAAACCAUGCACUGAGAGUUUGAGUCACUUACUCAUAACUCAGUUGUAUAGUAGUUAAGUUGCAUGUAUUCAGUGCAAACAGGCUAUAUGUGUUUCAUGGCCCAUCCAUUUGUACAAAAAACAAAUCGAUGGCCCACCCAAACUGAUGAAAAUAAUUCCAUGGCCCAUCCUUAUUUCCUCCGGCCCAUCCUAGCAGUUACUUGAUAUGACCGGUCCCUUACACGAUGGAACUCUAACGGUACGAGAGAAAGAUUUUCACAGUUAUGAGUACGAUUACGACGAACAAACGACACACAAUUAGAAAUAUUUAAAUCGCAAAGUCCAUUCAGCAACUUAAAGAAAUAUGUCAAAUCCUUGAUCUCUCUGUCGUAUGUCAACGGGAGAAGGUUUAAGAUCUGUUAUAAGGUUUAAUAUAUUUCAUAUAUAAGUGCGACCCAAUUCAAAGUCUGGACCGCGCAUCCAAAUGACACGUUUUGCGUCAGGAUAAAUUUUAGUUGAACUUUCACAUGUAGCUGAAACUGGAAGAAAUAGGAUAUGCAUGUCAAAUUAUUCAGCUGUUCAAUCAUCAUUUGAAUAUGGCAACAAAAAGUACUAAAAAACGAUUAGUUUCUACACGGUUGACUUGCUUUAAAUUAGAAAAAAUAAUCCCUUAUACAUGUAAGUGUAUCUUUCCUUAUUUUGCUUUACACAGAAGACAAAAUAUGCUAGUACAAAAAUUAUUUAAUGACAGGUGCUAUUGCGGCUUUUGGUGAACGCCAGAUAACGUUUUCGUGUAGACAAGUAAAUGAAACAUGGCGGCGCCCUCCCCCAUCCCCUAUACCCCCUGCUAUAUAUAGUGUCCCCAGUAUAAGUAUAUCUAUUACUCUGUUUUCUAUACAGAGUUCUGUUUAUCUGAAUCAUGGUAUGAUUUUUUUUAUUUACCCUAACAAGGUCAACGUUGUGUGCCAAUGUAAAGAAUUCAUUGAUUUGAAGCUAAGGAAUAACGAGAAGAAAGUGCUAAAUACUUUAAAUAAGGACAAAAACCGAGUAACUAUCAGGUAUACAGCUAUUUCAAUUAAGGUUGUCCCCCGAGCAAAGUGGAAAAGUCGAAUACGAGCGUGAAAGGCUGCUGGGAAUCGCUAAUAAAUGAAUGAAUUUAUUAGCGAUUCCCAGCAGCCUUUCGCGCUCGUAUUCGACUUUUCCGCUUUGCUCGGGCGACAACCUUAAUUGAAAUAGCUGUAUACCAUACUACAUGAAACAGUCCUUACAUUUUAAAUAUAUGCGUUGUUCCAAAUAUGUUUAUUUACAGCCCAGACUUAUAUUUGAGCAAUAAUUUUGAACAGUCUGUUGGCCUACCAGUGUUAGUAGUGCCAGUAAUAACGAAAAUUCGGCUGAUAGAGAUGCACGUAUCUGAAAACUACACGGAGAAAUUCGACGGUUCGAGCGAAGGCCCUUCAACCGGAAGUUAGCGAGGAAGGGCCUACCCGACGUCUUACCUUCGCUCGAAACGUUGAAUUUCUCCUUGUAUUUUUUAGGUAGUUGCAACUCUAUCAACCGAAAUUUUGUUAAAUUUGACCAACUGAUAUUCAUCGUAUCUUUCAGAAUUUAUCAAAGAAAAGUUAUUAAAUCCUUAGUACAAAAUUUACAUGUGACUUGUUCCACUAGCCAAUGACUAAGUUGCUUUAAAUUUUAAUUUAUAGGUUUCCUAUAAAUGGAAAGAUUAAGACAACGGAACAGAAGAUCAGUUGGUAAGAAAUUAUGCAACUUCACAACUAACCAGUGGUGCCUAAAUUACUUUGAAUUUGUACUCGAGUAAAAGUAGAAGUAUUAACAAUAAAACGACUUGAGUAAGAGUAAAAAGUACUGGAAGCAAAACGUACUUAAGUAAAAAGUACAAAGUAUCCUUAAAAAAUACUUGAAGUACAAAGUAAAAGUACUAUUGUCUGUAGCGUGUAGAGGGGGAGGGGAACUUCUCCAAUGGAUUGACAUACCAAAGACACAAACAACACACGCAUUAUAUGCGUGCACAGAAUAUACAAUAUUUCACGGCAUUGUCUACUUUCCAGACCCUGUUGAAGAUAUAAGAAAUGCAUUAAAUAAAUAAUUCUUAUAAGUAAGUCAUAAACGAGAGGUCCCAGACGCAUGUAGAGGUCGUAUUACCUUUCCCGAAAUUAAAAUAAACCAGAAAUAAAUCGCGUAAAAUUAAACAAAAGUUAGAAAGUAACGAAAUACUUUGCCGCAAAAUGAAAAUAACGAAGUAAAACGUUACUUUUUAAAAUUACUUCGUUCCAAGUAAAAGUACUCCAGAAAACUGUUACUUUGUUACAUGCUGACUUCUCAAAAAUAGUACUCAAGUACAGUAACGAAGUACAUUUACUUCGUCACUUCACACCACUGCAACUAACCCAAUUCUAAAUGAGUUUAAUUAAUUUAUGUGUAACAAAAUACUUUAUUUAAGUAAUAUUGCAAAUCCGACUAUGAGGACUGGACCUCCGAAUUGGAAGAUUUGAAAUGACAUUUCAUACGGAUAAAUCACAACUUAAAGUGAGGUGAAUUAAUUCAGUCCAUGCAAGGACUGAAUUAAUUUUGAUCGGACUGGAUCAAUACACUUCACUAGUUCACCAGGUAUCCAAUAUUAUUAUGUGAACAAAAUAAAGCAAAUAUGUGCAUGGUUGGCUAAUUUACUCGAAACUAUUUAGGAGUUUAAUUAAGAUUUUGAUUUCAUUUACCUAUGACAAAAUACUUGUAUAGUACUUGUGAAAACCCACCAUUAAUAGAUUCUGUUAUCAGUAAUUAUGCAAAUUUUAAAUAUGGAAUGUUUGAAUUUUCUUAAACUUUAAUAUUCUGUUGCCACAUCAGAAGAAAAAUAAUCUCUGCAUCGUCCGGACUAGCACUAUCGAAUCGUGUUGUAAUUUGAACAUAAAUAGCAAGUUGAUGGAUAACACAAGUUAUUUUGAUUAUGUAUCAAUUUGUCAUAGCACUUCAAAUGGACCAAAUGUAAAAGGCUGCCCACCCUCUUCCAGAAGAAAUGAUUUUCAAAAUUGCUGAAGAAAUGAACGUAUAUAACAAAACUUUAUCUCUUUAGUUUGCUUCAAGCAACACUUGGAUGUCUUCCAAUCAACGAAUUUUCAUUGAAUCAAGACGUUACGGUAACUGAUCUCUAUUUGCAAUAACUCGUUCAUUCGUGUAGUGUUUGACAACUAAAACUGGAUUCUCCAUUUUUUCCAGAAAAUCUUUCGAUCUGGGCAACGUGUCUCUAAAUGUGAGUAAUAACAAAUAUGUUAUUCAGACCUUAAAUAUUUGAUACUUGGCUGAGUUAAAAACCUGAGUUUUUGUCCAUUUAGGUUUGUAUGAAUUUUGUAUGCUACAAAACAAUUACAAUUUGCUGAUGAACGCCUUGCAGUUAAGCAAGUGUUUUAGAUCCAGGUGAGGUGACCUAAAAAUUUAAACAUAGUAUAUUAAUAUAAGAAGACAGAUGGAGGCACGGCCAAUAAAUACAGUGAGCACGGAUAACAACCCCGAACAGAAAUACAGUAUAAAACAAACACCGGGCAAAAUAAAAACCCAAGAUAUGGACUAAAACAAAAUUAUUGUGUUAUUAUUAAGACAAUAUUUCAUCAGGGUGCCCAACUCAUAAAUAGUGAUUUCAGUGAGGCCCUGAGACGAAUCACAAAUAGUGAUUUCAGUGGGGCCCUGUUGAGACUUUAAAUGGUUAUAUACUUCGAUCCUGUUACAGAAACAUCAUCAGACUAACUGAUUUACAAAUAAGUAUAUAAAUGCUCUUUAUUUACAGCUAAUUCAAAAAAGGUUGUCCUUCGAAAAUCUCAAACCUUAAACUUUGUGUCCCAGAUGAUAAGAUCUCGGGAAGUGAAGAAGUACAUUUUCCCAGUAUAAAAUUUAGUAGCAUCUCUAGAAUCAUAAUCAAGAAGACUCUGAAAGUGUCAUUUCCGAUGAUCUAGAGAUUCCAAAUAUAUUCACCCCCCCCAGUUAAUCAAGCAUCAUAUGCUCCUACAGCACAGUUUGGAUUGGUGCAUGGUGCGGCCAAAUACAUGCACUCGCAUGCAUAAUGCAUUUGAAUUGUGUUUUAUACCGAUACAAUUUAAAGGUUUUGAGAAAAAAAUCCUGCAUAGAUGAAUGAGUACAAAAAUAUAUUGAGCAUCACAAAUUCACACAACUUCCCCAUCAGAUAUCUAAUUGUCCACCCCUUACCACAUAUAGCUAAGGCGCGAAUGUUGUACAUUUUUGUGUUAUUUGCAUCUCAAAAAAAUUCUACUUUUGUCCUACUUUUCUACACAUUUUCCUACUUUAUUCCUACUUUUCCUAAAGGAAUACCGAAUGGUUUUCCGUGCAGGAUUGCGUGAUCCGUGCACGCGGGAUGUUGCGAGACUUUCGGAAAGCAUGAAAAUACACGAGCCGUUGGCGAGUGUAUUUUUACGCUUUCCGAAAGUCGAGCAACAUCCCAAGUGCAUGGAUCAUGCUAUCCUGCACGGGAAAACCAUUUGGCUGGCAAUUGUUUUAUAAAAUUACUACAGUGAAACGACGGUUAACUUGAUUAAAAUUACUGAUGAAAUGCGCAGUUUUCACAACAAUCGUGAAUUAACCAAUCGGAGAAUCGCUACUCCACGCUAUUGAAAACAACAACAAAUGUGAACAGAAUUUGAUCGCAAAUUCGCGAAAAUAUACAGCGAAAAUACAGAAACUUUUUCGAUAAAAUAUACGAAAUUUGAAAUGGAAAACCCGCUAAACAGAGAGCCAAAGUAGUUUUGGAGAUUCUCGACCUGAAUACUUGAAGAUUGCGAAGCGUUUGAACUUUGAAGCGAGAGAUGUUGUACUUGCCAAUUGCCAUGGUCUGAUGAAUUUCAACGCUACGCGUUGCUACUUGCUUAACAGCAAUGUAUCGAUCAGAAAUUUAUUCAUACAACUAAACCAACGACUCAAUAAUUGCAAACUUACUUCAAAGUCGAAAGGUAUGGUACAAUGAAACUUUACAAUGCGAGUAGCUAUAUUUGUAAAAUUAUGUGCAAGAAUUUCUGUUUAGAAUUUCCCGUGCAGGAUUGUCUGAUCCUGCACGGCUGUUGACCAAUCAAAUUGCGUGUUUCACUGUAGUUAUUAUAUAAUGCCUUUUGCAGGUUACUUAAACCUAGUGUCAACAUUUUUAAGCAAACUUGAUGACUUGUUUUUGCAGGAUAUGGGAAAAUUCGAAAUACGUUUCAAAGCAGCUGGAGAAAGUGGGUAUGCAUCAAUAAUUCAAGUGGUCUUUUUUGUAACCAUUUAAAGUAAAAAGUAAUAUGGAUUCUUCUUAUUCUCAUUUAGGAUUGUCAAUGUCGACGAUGCUUGUUAAUGCUGGUUUAACGACAUUUCAAAAAAUCGAAGAGACAAACCCAAGAGAAAUUGAGCUG